CCUUUUUAAGCAUUUUCGGCCGAUAAUUUUCGGCGGCCGAAUAUUCGGUGCAUCCCUACUUUAAAUGUUGAAACUGCAAAGACUUGAGGGAUGGCAUUAUCUCAAUGUAUUUUGUAAAGGAUGGGCUGUGUAUCCUAGGCUAAAGGAGAUAACAAGGGAAGCAUUGAAGCUCCUUUUCUUAUCAUCAAGAAUAUUUGAACAGUUCUUAUCAUGGCUGCCACUUCGGAACUCCUUUGUCAUUUCUAUCCGUAUUACUACAGUCCUGACGAUGACUACUCUAAGCACCAUCUCCAGGAAGUCCCUGCCUAAGGUGUCCUAUGUCACUGCCAUGGAUCUGUUCGUCUCCGUUUGCUUCAUCUUCACCUUCGCUGCCCUCAUGGAGUACGGCACUCUGCACUACUUCACCAGCAACAGACCGACCAAGAAGUCCAAAGUCAACAACAACACACAGAAAGCAUCCAGCAUGCUGAAUCUCCGCCCCGGCACGUCCCUGCUGCAGAUGAACAACAUUGUGCCCUAUCACGAGGAGGACGACUAUGCUUACGAGUGUUUGGAUGGAAAAGACUGCACCAGCUUCUUCUGCUGCUUCGAUGACUGCCGCUCAGGUGCCUGGCGUGAAAACAGGAUGCAUGUGCACGUUUCCAAGAUUGAUUCUUACUCGCGAAUAUUCUUUCCCACUGCUUUUGGCCUUUUCAAUCUGGUUUACUGGAUUGGAUAUCUGUAUCUAUAAAACCAGAACAUCUCAAAAAGACGACUGGAGUUUAACCUCUGCAAGCAUUUAAAAGCAUAGCUGCUAUUGUAGCAUUAGGAAUAUUAGCUUUGUUGGCAAACAAGAAAACCAAAUUGCAAACUAAUUAUGAAUGAACUCUGUACCAACAGCCUGAGAACAAUAUGGAUAUUUCUUAUCCCUAGUGAAUAAUGCAUUAAUGAUUAUUGCGACUCAUUGACCUUUUCGUCUGGCACCAAAAUGAAGAUUCCUCUUUACAUGCAUUUUAAAAAGCUAAAGGAUUCAUUUCCAUAAUUUUUUUUCUGGAUUUUCUCAUUGGCAGGGGAUUGAUUCCAUUUGAUAUGAGCCUUAACCGUGAAAUGGAAAUGACAUACUUGAAUAUCUUCCCUUAUGGAAUUGCCUCACCCCCAAUCCAAAGGGGACACGACUUUCCUUGUUGGUCGGCAUAGCAGAUUAUGUAGAUUAAGUCUGCCAUUUGCGCUAGUAUUUUGUAAUUGAACUAUUAGGUAAGAGCCCUGAUUAUAUAAUUCCUCUAACAUUGGGAUCUUAACAUUAAGGUAAACCUAAAAACUCAAUAAAGCCAAAUGAAAUGUUUCCUUUGUCAGCUAAGUUAUUCAUGUUAAUAGCUAAAUCCCCUCCUUCUAGGUCUAAGGCUUACCACACUCUUAGUGCGUGUGUCUGCAUAGCAUUAACUUCUGGCUCAUUGUAUGAUAGACACGCAUCGCCCCUUUGCUUUUUAUUAUCUAUUUUUGCAAUGCUUUGGAGAACUGGAUACGUCAUUAGGGACAUUUGAUCAGUGUAGCAUUGAGCCAAAAUGGCCUGCCAAUCGAGAACAAAAACACCUGGAUCAUCCUGGGUCUUGGAACCAUAGAGCAUGCACACUUGCAAUUUUGAUCUUGUCCUUAUAGUAUGGAUGAUUGGACUAACGCUCUCUCUCUAUCGAGAACAAUUGAUAAACUACCUUUUAUCUCUUGUCAUUCUUAUUUCAUCAGCAAAGGGCAACAUAGCAAAGACAUGAAGGAAAAUGUAGGCCUGAAUCGGAAACUCCAAACUUGCAAAUGUUGGAAUUAAAACCUCCUCAGAUUUAAAUAGGACACUCAUUUGAAAGGCUUUUUUAAGAAUCAGCAGUUUUGAUACUUGAUUCAAAUUAGUUUACAUUCUGUGAAACCCUAACCCUACCCACAGCAGCUUUGAAUGCAGAAAUGUUUGCACGAGUUAGACUCCAGUCUAAACAGAGGAGAUAUUGCCAUCAAACCUAAAAAAAAUUACACAAAUGUGUGUUUACUCUUUGCUGCUGUGCUAUUGAUAUUGUUGAGAAGCAGGAUAAAGAGGCCAAUAAGCUCUUAUGAUUCGUUAUUGAUUUGCAGGAAUGUGGGGUACUAUUGGUCACUUCAACACAAGAAGGGAACAUACCUUUAAUGUUCAUAGGGUUCUAUUUUUGUAGGCGACACCUGACAGCGUUCUGAUUGGUGGGGUCCUACAUGGAACGCAUUUAUAAAGUUAUUCAAACAGUGAAUUCAUGAACAAUGAUGUAUGUUUUUCAAAGAGCCAGAAUUUAUACUCUGAUAUAUCAUAUGUUAUAAGACUGACCGUUUUUCAAACAGGUCAGGAAAAUGGUCAUAUACUCUUUAAUUCAGUAGUCACGUCCUAUUUCGAGAUUGAUACAGCAAAUUGAUUUGGUUUCUGAAAAGGUUUGAGAAAAGAAUGUCCUUUACUAAUUAUACAUGACUUGAAUUUCCUUGUAUACAGUUCUGUUGCAUGUAAAAGAAUCACUGUGUGAACAGAUAUAGUUGCCACCCUGCAAACCACCUGAAACACAAAAGGAAAAUAAACUGACAUAUCUCCAGCAACAUCCAGUAUCAUAACAGAGGAUUUUAAUAUUAUAGACUUCAAACUAAUUUUUUUCCCUCCAUUUUUUUCUUUUUGGGUUCUGUCUGUACAAAAACAACUUAUUUUAUCCAAUCCCAGUUUACUAUUGAUGGACAUCAUCAGGUUGAAUCAUUUUUCAGAUUGUAGUCAGUUUGGAUCAAUUCAAAGAUUAAGAUUUACCUUUAAAUCACACCACAAAGAGAUUGCAUGAACAUUCAUAACAGCGCUGUCUCUGACACAUUUUUUUAUUCAGAUGCAAGUUAAGACUGUUGCUGGAUCCUACUGUUCCUUCACUUCAGCACAAAUCAAACCAACCAAAGUAACCACCUUUCUGUUCCAACUCUCAUGAUUGUUCCUGCGGCUAACUUUCAUUAAGCUAACCAGGAAGUAAGACUUAUGACAAAGCAGAGCGUAUAAUGGCAUUAUCACUUGAUAGCGAUGGGAAAACAGC